CAUACAAAUAUUAGCGUUAAAAAUCAUAUUAAUAGAAAAAGUACCGAUUUUUUCUCAAAUAUUCCGAUAUUUAGAGGUUUAACCUACCGACUUUUUAAGGAGACCUCUGGCAACACUGGGUUGAGCUUUGGUGUUUUUAAAUGGGAUUUUUGCCUAUGCAGCAACGGUAAACGGUAGGUACCAGGGGGGGUGAAACAUUACAAAAUUGCAAGUUAUACAAAACAAAAUUCUAUAACGCGACCAUUCAUCAUGACCUGGAUAUUCCUUUCUUGUCUCCAUUCAUUAAGCAAAUUGCAAGCAAAAGUUACGAACGUGCAACUUCACAUUCAAAUCCUUUAAUAAGAGAUGCGGUGACAUAUGAUCCUGCAUCCAUUCGCAAACACAAAAGACCUAGAUUAGCACUUCUUUAACAAUCUGAACAUCUAAAACUAUGAUUUAUUCUUUACUCCGUUACAUUGACUACUUUUUUCAUAACUGUAUAAUCUAUCUUUGGCAUUAUUUCUUGAAGAGAUUCGUUUUUCUGCCAGUUAGAACCUCAGUAAUUUUUGGGCAAAAGGCCCCCGGCCUACCCUGAGGAGUAGAAGAAGCUAAGUCAACUCAAGGGGGGUGAAACUCAUUUUGGCGAAUGGGAUACAACGUAGUGUUGCUGGUGCACAAUAUGACAACCAUGUCGCCCUCUCAAAAUAUGGCUUAUUCUCAACUGACGAUGUCUGAACUCUGAUUGGCCAGAUUUAAAUUUCCGGCAGGUUUCUUCCUGUGCUCUGUGCUUUGCAAAUUGCAAAAUAACCUUACUUUUUUCAGCAUGUCAUUUUCUUAACACUUCAUUUUUUAUAAAUAAUAUGCCAUAGAAUUAUUUUAUUCAUUAUAUAUAUCCUAGAAAUCAAGACUGGACAUUCAAUAAGUCGUGUAGAGGAACCAAGAGCAUGAGUUUCAGUUUAACAUUGCAAAGUGUCAAAGAUGAACACUGGGAUGGAGUUAACCAGGUGAAAAUGGAGAAUCAGUUAGUAGUUAGUGUUAAAUCUGAAACACCAGAAGCAGAACAAACUGUGAACAACACAAAGUUGGAAAAUAUGGACACUUUGAUGCUAAGUGAAGAGUUUGACAUCAAAUAUGAAUGUGAAGAUGCCAUAUUUGAUAGAAUUAAAGUUGAAGAGAAAUUAGAGCCUGGACUUGAAGCUGAUUCGACAGCAGAUACAGUUGACCAGAUGAAAAUGGAGUUCCAAGAAUCUGACAAGCUGGAAGAAAAACCAGAUUUAAGGAGCACAAAUCUUGAAAAUAUGUACGCGUUGGGGCUACAUCACGGAUUUGACAUCAAAACUGAGAGUGACCAAAGUGACGAGCAUGAUUCGGCGACCGAUAGGUUUGGAGACUCCGAUUGUCAAAAAAUGUUUUGCUGCACUACUGACAUAGAUCCCCGAAUCAUAACAGAAGCCGGAAAUUUGACUUUUUUAUAAGAUAUUCAUU